AUGGAAGAUUCGCUCUGGUGGCACGGUCCCCCCUACCUUCGGCAAAAUUCGGAUACUUGGCCGGAGAACUGCAUCAAACUAACACCACUACAUCAAGAAGCUCGGAAAACCGAAUCCAAACAGGUCGUUUCAGUCGUAGUCGCUCACCAUGAUACGAUUGAUCUCAUCGAACAGCAUUCAUCGCUCUCCCAUCUGCAACGCAAAGUCGCAUGGCUGCGGCGGUUUGCUAAUAACUGCCGCACUAAACCACCUGAAAGGCGCAAUUUUGGUCCACUUUCGCAUAUGGAACUGGAACACGCGCUGAUGGAGCUCGUCAGGCAAACGCAGCAGGUCUAUUUUUCGGCGGAAAUCGAAUUCCUCAAGAAGUACAAGGGGACUAUCCGCAAAGCUUUUUCGUUCAAAUCUCCUCUAAAAACUCUCUGCCCGUUCUUAGAUUCGAACGGGUUGCUGCGAAUUACUGGUCGGCUGCAGCAUCUCGAUAUUCCGUACGAUACCAAACACCCAUUGGUAUUGCCCCAAAAGGCCCACCUAACAACGCUCAUCGUGAGAGCAACGCACCUCCGAAUGUUACAUGCUGGACCACAACUUCUCUUGUCGACGUUGCGCCAGCGCUACUGGCCAGUGCGAGGCCGCGAUCUUGCCAAAAAAGCUGUUCGGGAGUGCAUUACCUGCUUUCGCUGCCGUCCCAGAAAUGUCUCUCAAAUCAUGGGACCAUUACCUGCAGUGCGAGUUACGCCGUCACGCGCGUUCACCCACUGUGGCGUCGAUUAUUGUGGGCCGUUUUCGGUUUCGAUUCCGAAUCGUCGCGGGCCGUCGGUCAAGAUACACGUCGCGAUUUUCGUAUGUAUGUCGUCGAAAGCGGUACACAUCGACAUGGUGUACAACCUCACGUCCGACGCGUUCGUGAACGCAUUAAAGCGCCUCGUCGGUCGUCGCGGUCGUGUCUCCGAUAUAUACUGCGACAACGCACGAACUUUCGUCGGAGCAAAUUGUAUGCUCGAAGAGAAUCGGAAGCAAUUCGACGCGAUGCACCGAUCGCGUGAACUGCACUCGUUUUGUGCGGAAGCUGGAAUUACCUUCCACUUUAAUCCAGCCCAUUCACCCCACUGCGGCGGCCUCUGGGAGGCUUCCGUCAAGACCUUCAAGUACCACCUCUACCGUGUCAUGAAGGAUACGGUGCUCAACACGGAUGACUUCAACACCCUGAUCAUUCAGAUCGAGGGGAUAAUGAACUCUCGCCCACUAUGUCCGAUGUCGUCGGACCCCGGAGACGUCGUUGCCUUGACGCCAGGGCACUUGCUCGUGGGAGAACCACUUUGCUCUCUCCCCGAGCCCGAUUUAUGCAAUACUCCCAUUAAUCGUCUCAAUUCAUUCCAGAAAAUGCAACGAAGCCUCCAGCAUUUCUGGAAAGCUUGGUCGCGAGAUUACGUGGCUCAAUUACAGGACCGCAAGAAGUGGCCAACUGUCCAUCCGGACAUCGAGGUAGGAACGUUGGUGCUCCUCAGAGAUGAUAACGCACCUCCGAUGCGCUGGAAUCUCGGUCGGAUCGAAGAGGUAUUCCCCGGAAAGGAUGGACACGUUCGUGUAGUUCAGGUUCGAACUGCACACGGGAGCUACCGACGAGCAAUCACCGAAGUGUGUCCACUUCCCAUCGAGGAUCCCUCCUCCCAGCAACCUACCACCCACUGA